AUGACACAAUCAACCGCAGACAGUGCAAAAGAUGUCCGCGACGAGGAUCAUCGGCGUAACGGUUCUUUUGAGCAUCCGUGGAUAGACUCAAAGACACAGGUACGGUUGUUGAAAAUCAAAUGCGCUUUGCCCGAGAGGUUCGAAUGUAUAUUCGAAAUAGCUUCCAUCUCUGCUCUGGCCAACAAGCACUAUCAUGCCUUGUCUUACACCUGGGGCGAAGCAAGGUCCGCAAGAGAUGUUCGACCCAUCAUUGUUCACAAUCAGCAAUUCUAUGUGCGGACGAACUUAUGGAAUUUCCUUGCACGCUUUCAGAACCUGACAAUAGAUGCGCCGAUUUUCAUCGACGCGAUAUGUCUGAAUCAAUUGGACGACGAAGAACGGAGCAAUCAGGUUGGCUUCAUGUCAGAGAUAUAUCAGAGCGCCAACAUCACUCAUCUAUGGCUGGGUGAACCUGAUGAGAAACACCAGCAGAAAUUGGACUGCUUCCAAUCUUACAUCAAUCAUGGCACGCCGACUUCGGAAUGGGAGGAUGACUCCAUCAUUGGCUUAAGCUAUGUCUGCUCUCAGGAGUAUUGGCAGCGCCUCUGGAUUGUCCAGGAGUUGCUCCUGAGCAAAAGAAUUUUGAUUUAUUGCGGCUCGAUCAUUUUCGAUUGGGAAAGUCUUGAACGACUUGCCAGAUUACCACUCGCAGAUGCUUGUCUCAAUCAUUCGACACCAAUAUCAUUCUGGUCUGCUUGGGCAAUCGAGCGGCCCUGGCAGUUCUCGCAGCAGCAAACACCCGAGAACGGCCUGUUUCAAGGAUGGCGAUACGCUUUGAGUCUUAUACAUCAUCGGUUCACUUGGCGCAAAUCAAGACGAUCAGUCGGUACUGAAGGACAGUGUGCCGAAGAAACGCGAGGACUCCCGCUGCACCUCGCAGCAGAUUAUUUCAAAUCUCAACAGUGCCGCGAUGCACGCGACAAGAUAUUUGCUUUGCUGGGUAUACUUGACCAUGAUGGGAGGCAAAUGGUGGAGUGCAACUACAACAUGGACCAGGAGGACAUGUUCAUUCAAGUCGCUGCAGCGGGCUUAGUAUCGAGAUGGAAGUUGGAGUCGAAGACACGGACGUUUUCAACCCCGACUUUCGAUGACAGCAUGUUCUGUGUGACAAUAUGCGAGAUUCUUGGCUUCUCAACUCAUCUCCUGAGAACGCAUCUACCACGAGCGUUGGAAAUUGCAGAAUCGCACAUCGCUGGUUUCGACAGUAACGAUAUGGAACCGUCUUCAAUUUCUCAAUCGGUCGGCGGAAAUGGCGAGGGGCGCCAGUCCUUCGGCGGCAUCGCCGAGCCCGCAUCUAUCAUAUCGUCAACCGCAAAUCAACAAACGGACGCCUCACCUUUCCAGCAGACAUUUCGAGACUUUUACCACAAGUUUAAUGCGCAUGUCGACGAAUUCGUGAUCACUGACAUGACGCAACUAAAAUUCACGAUUGCUGUCAUUCAGGCAAGGCAGCGAAAAGAGCGCAGGAUCAAAAAUUUCCCUCGCAUUGAACCUCUAUUUAGCGCUUUGGAAACAUAUAGCGUGGACUUGGAUGAUACGCUAGGUGAACAGUGCAUCAUCUCGUUCAUUUGGGGCCCUAUGAAACUUCUUCUCGAGAUUGUCAGAACCUCCGAUUUUGCUUUCAACGGAGUUCUUGGGCUGUAUCAAAGACUAGGCGAAAGCAUCCCAGCCUCCGCUUACGUGCAGUGUCUAGUCGACGCUGUAGAGAGAUCGAAUGUCAUGGGUGAGGUAUUUCGUAACGUGUUCGAAUUUCAUGAGUUGGCCUUGACCUACUUCAAAAAGCCCGCUUGGAAAUCACUCCUUGAUUCAACUUGGGACAGACUACAGGCUAGGCUCAAUGAACAUGUUAAUACAAUCGGUCGGUUGAAGCUCGAACUCGAAAAAGAAACCAACACUUCAGAACUCGUGCAAAAUCGACAAGAGCGUAGUGAGCAAUCUGCUCGUAUGCGCGGACUUCUGGAGCAAGCAAGGCAGACGAGGUCAGAAAAUGAGGCCAAAUUUCGUAAAUUGAACGACGAUGAAGUUCUUCGUCGCAGGCUACACCUAUUGAAUUGGUUAUCGGCUGCCGAUGCGCUCGCAGACCAGGAACAUCGGUGCUCACUGCGUGCUUCCAAUUCGCAAAGUGGCCAAUGGCUCAAGGAGGAUCGCACAUUCAGAUCAUGGCUAGAGCCGGCAAGUGAUUCUGAGAAUACGCUAUGGAUCACCGGUAUACCAGGAGCUGGGAAAUCUGUCCUUGCUUCCCUGAUUAUUGAAGAAUGCUCCAAGAUCGAGGAAACGCUUACGGUAUACUUUUACUGUAAACAAGACGAUCCGCAGAAGAACACUUUCGUCGCAAUGGCAAGAUCCAUCCUACACCAGCUUUUACAUGCCGAUGAUACACUCGCUGUGUAUCUUUUUGAGCUAGCAAGUAAGAAAGGGGAGAGAAACCUUAACACAAACAGGUUGGCUAUCGAAGCCUUAGAUGCUUGUCUGAAGGCCAUCGGCAAGGUGCAUGUCAUCAUUGAUGGCAUUGACGAAUGCCAGAAAGUUGAGCAGAAACACAUUGCAGACUUCUGGCUCAAGUAUGCAGAUAAGCAUAGUUCAGAGGCCGAUCCAAGUCGAUGCGUCAUGAUCAGCCAGGACGACGAAGUAACUCGACCUUUGUUUGGCGCACUUCCCGUGAUUCGAGUACAGGGCUCGGGACAUGAACAAGAUAUACGCUCAUAUUGUGACCAACGCGCUAACGAGAUCAUGGACCAUUUUGAUCUCUCCAGGGAAGACAGUAUAUCGAUUGCGCACAAAACAUUUGUGCACGCCGACGGCAUGUUCCUGUUUGCUCAUCUGGUUAUGGAAAAUCUUUCGUUCCAAACAUCCAAGCUUGAGAUCGAACAGGAAAUGGCAAUGAAUAUUUUUCCGACAAAAUUGAACGAGAUAUAUGCUCGUAUUAUUGACCGCAUUCUCGGACGAGCUCCGCCGCCUUACAUAAGGAAAGCGAAACUAUUGUUGGCUUGGAUCACUUGUGCUGUGAGACUCCUGAAAUGGCGAGAGAUUCAAGCAGCAAUUUCGGUCGAUAUGGCGCAAGGAAUGUUCAACUUCGAGGAUCGACAUCUCAAGGUUGGUAUAAAAAAUCUGUGUGGCGCACUGGUGGAAGAACAAUCGAACGGAGAUGUCAGCUUCGUGCAUUCCACGGUCAAGAGCUAUUUAUUGACAUACGGUAUUGUCGAUGCUGCUAAAGAGCAUGCCUCCUUCACAGAGCUCUGCCUGACCUAUCUCAGUAUGCCUGCAUUCUCAUCAGGUCGUACCGCUAUCGAGAUCAAAGAUUACGCCGAUCUAGGUACAUAUGCGUUCAUGGAGUAUGCCAUCGUGUCCUGGUCGAUCCAUCUUGAGCAAGUUCUGGAAAACCAUGGUGUCCAUGGUAUGUCUCCAUCUAUCAAACAAGCUCUGACACAGUUCUUUGCGCUCCACUGGAAGACUCCCAACAAGCGCAGCAGGCCCACGAAAUUCAUCCAAAGGCUCACCAGUCAUAUCACAUAUCUCGGUCCUCUCUGCGGUCAUAUCAGGGACUCCAUGUCAGCGAUGCACUGUCUCCAAACGAAUAAUCUUCAAGACUCGGGGCAAAUUGAGACACUUGACCUAUUCACUUCCAUUAUAAGAAUACGUUUUCAGAUUGAAGCCAGCGCGUCAGACUCGCAGACGCGCCCGGAUCUAGAGGUCUACUAUGGGGAACAGCUCUUCAAAUGCCCUCGCAUCUAUUGCAAAUGGUACCACGAGGGUUUCGCGGCUCCCAAGUCGAGAGAUCUGCACGUGCAAAAACAUGAACGAGCUCAUCUUUGCCCCAAGACUGUUUGUCUGUAUGCUACAUUGGGGUACCCAACAGCGAAAGAGCUUGAGAAACAUAUCAAGGAAGCUCAUGCCGAGGGCCCAACAGAUGAUGACUUUCCGGAACCAGUCGAACAGAUUCAGGACGCCAUAACACCGCCGGAAUCAGUUGAAGAGACACGCAUGUCUGUCGGACCGGAGGUCGAAGUUGACGAGCAGACAAGCCUGCCCGAAGUGCCAGACGACGAGCCUAUCGAUCAGAGUCAAGACUCAGAGGAAGCGCAGCCAGAGCCUGUACCUGUUGAUACCACACCAGAUGGAGAGCAUGAGGAGACACCGUCCAACGAUACAUCAGACGAUGAUUUCGAGAAUGCCAUGACGCUAGACGAGUUGCUGAACGGUUCGACCCUGGAACAAUUCCUUGCCGGCGGCGUGAAAUCAAAAAGAUCUUACCCUUCAACCUCAAAGUCGCAGACAGACUCAAGCCCCGCAAGAGCCACUGCUGCGCCACAGCAACGCAGCAGGGUUUACCAGUGUGAAAUUUGUCCGAAACAAUUCACUCGGCAGCACAAUCUCAACAAUCAUCUGAGAUCACAUACAAACGAACGGCCACACGCCUGUGGAGUGUGCUCCAAGACAUACGCACGCUUGAAUGAUCUGCGGCGGCAUCUUGCAUCUCAUUCUCUAAAGAAGUUCAUCUGCGGCGGCACCCUCGACAGUGGAGAGACUUGGGGCUGCAAAGCUCGUUUCGUGAGAAACGAUGGGCUCAAAAGGCAUUUUAAGUCAAAACAAGGGCGCAUAUGCAUUUUGCCCUUGGUGAAAGCGAGAAAUGCCAAGCCGCGAGAAGUGUCGGGGACCGAGCAAGUUUCCGGUCCUAGGGCCCCGCCACCCUCGCAACCCGAGACACCUUGGAACCCGCCCGACGACACGAUUGAGUGGUUGUAUCACGCAGGUUAG